UAUGUGCGUAUUUUGUGUCCAAAACGUGUCGGAGAAAACACAAAUGUGGCCGCGUUUGAGGCAGCGGCAGCCCGGUGUGGUGUGUUGCCUCUUUAUGGUUCUCAUGGUGUUUAUAAGUCCCGCCUCCUGCGUUCAGCUCGGACACUUUGAGACGAACAGAGACAGAGAAACAUGGCAGAAGAAGCUCCAGCAGCUGCACCGUCUAAAGCCCCGGCCAAAUCCCCGAAGAAGAAGGCGGUCCGGUCCAAGACGGACGGACCCAGCCUCCCGAAGCUGAUCGUCGCCGCUGUGGCCGAGUCCAAGGAGCGGAAGGGGAUCUCACUGGCUGCGAUCAAGAAGGUGCUGGCGACGAAAAAGGUGGAUGUGGCGAAGUCCAACAAACGCAUCAACACCGCCGUCACCAAGAUGGUCACCAAUGGGGUUCUGAUCCAGACUAAGGGUACCGGAGCCUCCGGUUCCUUCAAGCUCGCCAAGAAGGAGCCCAAAGCCUCCAAACCUGCUAAGAAGGUGAUCAAGAAGAAGGCUCCCGUCAAAGCCAAGAAACCCGCCGCCGCCAAAGCUAAGAAACCUGCCGCGACCAAGAAGGCAGCAGCUAAGAAGACAGCGGUCAAGAAGUCCCCGAAGAAGGUAGCGGCCAAGAAAGCCGUCAAGAAGACGCCGAAGAAGAGCCCCAAGAAGCCCGCCGCUAAGAAGCCCAAAGCUGCAGCCAAGAAACCCGCAGCCAAGAAAAGUGCAGUCAAGAAGCCUGCAGCUAAGAAAGCUGCAAAGAAGUGAAGCUGCUUCAUCUCCACUCACUCAUCAGCAAAGGCUCUUUUCAGAGCCACCACAGCCUCCACUAAAGAGCUGCUGCCUCACUCAUCACUACAUCAGCACUCAACAUCACUGCUCACAUUUUAAAGCUCAACAAAGUAGAAACUAAAUUCAGCUCUGAACAAUUAAAUUCUAAAUCUGUAUAAAUCAGUCUAUUAAACAUGAAAAACACGCUGGCUUUUAAAGGAGCAGCGCUUAUAUGUUAUAUUAAGCUAGAUUAAGUAUAACUUGUAAUUCCAUUAUGUUGCAUUAAUUACUUAUACCUUUUAUAAUAAUCUUCACCAUUUUAAAGGAGCAGGACUGAGCUCUUCCCAUCUCAGAAGGUACUGUUAUCUCCUAGUUUAUUGGUCUUUUUCAAAAAGAACAAGAACCUAAAGCAGAAAAAAUGGGAAGAAAAUAUAUUUAAAAAUAGCACAAAUAUGUUUGAUUUCAUGUUUUCAACAGCACUAUCAUAAUGUAAAUGCGUACUAAUAUAAGUUGAACUUAAAAGAAAAUUAUCUUUGCCUUACUAUUAAACAAUUAGUCCAAACUUAACCUGUUAAAUCCCACUGGCAACCACUGUUGCCACUCAUUUUUCUUUUAAUUUUUAUUCUCUAAAAGUGUUGUUUUGGCAUUGGACAGCUCAUGCAAGUUUUAAAAUCCAAGAAUAAGUUGUCUCCUCUAAAUUGCAUCCACAUCAUGUAACUAGUGUGAAUGGUCACAUGACUAGGCCUCUUUACUUCCUGCCUGCACCGAUGGAAGGAGAUGUCUGCCUCAAACUUGUACAAGAAGAAUUUAAAUACCUUAAUUAACAGAUGUAACUGAGAUAUUUUGUACAUACAUUUUUAAAAGGGUCUACUACUGAUAUAUAAUGAGAAUUUUCUCCCUGCAUGCAUCUUUUGAUCAUAAGAAGAGUAAAUGUAAGCAUGGCAACAUUUGUUGUGGCCAGCAUAAUACAUAGUCAUAGUGUCACGCUAUUUGUCAAAGGUUUUGGCUGUUAAUCCAAUUUAUCUUAUGUUUUUUUUUUUCUACAGUUUAAAACUGAGAGGUUUUGAAUCAUCCAGACUUAAAAGAGCCCCAAACUGAUAUGUGCUACAUCACAGUCAUUCCUACAGUAUAAAAAGAUGCAGAUAAAGUUGACUGAUAGUGACCACAGAUAGAGAGUACCAGGUACCGAGGAGAAACAGGCCAUUUGUCUGAUAGACUCCUGAAUGGUGAAGCAGAGGUGACCAAUCUGGAGGAAGAUGAAGAUGUUCACCUUGAUAAGUCUAGACCAACACAAUAACUACCCUUUAAAAUAAGCAAAAUAGGAACAGGGUUUUUAAAAUAUCACAGUGACCAGCCACAUCCAAUAAACCAGAUUUUGUGACCUAUGGAGGAACUGCAGCAGACUGCAUGAAACAAACUAAAGCAGACCUUGUUGAUUUGUUCCUGCUGAUGUAUCCUCUAACUCUAAAGGUGUUCACAAGAUGAUUCCAUGCACAAAACAGUUAUCAGUUGCAUGAAAGCAUUAUGUACACUCAUCUUCUGGUCAUGAUGUUAGUGGUCAGUAAAUAGUCAAUCUAAGCUACUGCCACAGUGUGAAUUUAUCUUAUUUUUCUAAACUACGAUCAGUUCUUAUUUUGUAAGAUCAAACAGUCUUAGCUCUACGGUUAUUGAACUGUUUUAUGAGACUGUGAAAUGCAGUAAUUGUAAUGUCAGUUUUAGUUCUCUUCAGUAUGCAUUGCCAUGGUAUCUUUAUGUAUCUUAUAAACAAUGUUCCCUGUAAUUUUUCAUGAGUCUGAGCAAACACACAAACUCCCUGAGCGUCCCUUGGACCACUGUGAGCAACAUCAGACGUGUGCACUGUGGUCACACCAGCAUCGUAUCCAUUCAAGUUACAUGGUUCAUUAAAAGAAUCAAAUUACAGCAUUUACAUUUCUGUUAAAACACUUUGUCAACAGGAGCCAGUUGAAGGCUACAGUGAUUUUAGUGACACUACAAUGUAAAAGAGUGAAGUUAUUGAAUAUUUGUCUCUCUUUACUGUUGCAGCAGUUUUGCAAAUUGCAGACGGACCCUGUUCACUCCAUAGACACCAAUGUUAUUCCUGUAGCUUGAAAGACAGCUACUUUUGAUAAAACUGGGCUUGUAGCACAUUGUCUAUCUUACAACGAUGGAAAAGAGGCAUCGUUUAUGUUCUAGAAGUGGCCUCAUUUUAAACAGUGAAACCAAACUAAUAAAAUGUAAUGACCAACCAGUGUGUAAUACUGGAUUCUGCAAAAACAUAAACAACUGAAUGCAGAGAACUGUACAAUGAAAUUCUCUACAGAUAUUUUUUUUCAUCUAAAUCUAAAUCUUAAUUUAACACAGUUAAUGUAUUAAUUUAUAUAUGUGUGAGUGCAUGUAUUUAUUGAUUUAUUUAGUACUGUUAACAUAUCAGAGUUCUGAGUGAAUUUUUCUUUAGAUAGGGAAAGGCCAUUUA